AUGACAUCAAAAAUUAAUAAGAAAUUACAGGUAAGAAUAGAUAAAUGACCAAUUACAGACUGGAUUAGCAAGACAGUUUGUAAAAAUAAAUCAGCAGAAAUCCGAAGUAAGCGAAGUUACAUCAGAAGUACCGCAGGGCAGCGUCCUGGCUACUAUCUUGUUCUUAAUUUUUAUUAAUGGACUACCCUCAUCCACCGGUACUAACACAAAGCUUUUCGCCAAUGAUUGCAUCUUUCAUAAUGAAAUGGACUUUCCUUCCUAUCAUAUUGUCCACAACAAUGUCUUAAUAUUAGUAUCAGAAUGGCGCGCGAAAUGGCAGAUGACUUUAAAUGUAAGAAAAUCAGCUUUGCUAAGAAUAACAAGUAAACUAAACGUAUCAGAUUUUUUUCUACACCAUUGGUGACGCGCAACUAACUACAACCAAGUACACAAGUACCUUGGAUUAAUGAUUUCAAGUGACUUUAGAUGGGAGGCACACGUAAACUAUGUUACAUUGUGCUCCUUAAAAAGGUUAUUCUUCCUUAAAAGGCGACUCUGAUCUGCACCACCUAAAACAAAACUCUUAGCCUUCAGCACCUUUAUUCGACCUAUACUAGAAUAUGUAAACGUACUUCGGUUCCCGGCCGCAAACAAUUUGGUUACCAAGCUGGAAGGUGUGCAAAGAAAAGCCGUUAGGUUUGUCUACAACAAAUAUGGUCUAUUCGAUUCACCCUCAGAAUUAAUUGAAAAUCUGGACUCAUAACAUUAAGUAAUCGAGCUAAAUUCGCACGCCAAAAAAAAGCUGUUCCAAUUCCUUCAUAAGCAGCUCAAGAUCAACAGUUCAAGAUACAUAUCUAAGUACAAAACCAGACAAUCACACCACGAACAUCCACUAAACUUACAAGAAUACCGUUUCAACACUAACUGUCCCAAAUAUUCUUUCUUCCCACAGGCAAUUAGAGAAUGGAAUAGAUUACCGUAAUGUAUAACUAGUUGGGGGGGGGGGUAACGAUUUGAGUAAAUUUUUGCAUUACUUGAAAAUCACUUGCGUACUACCCCCCAGUAGAAUCUUGUGUAGUUUUCUUAUGUACUAGCGAAAUUCUUGAAUGUGAUCAUGCCUGUUCGUAACGUUUUUACUAUAUGAGUUUUGCUCCCACAACCCAAAUAAUAUUGUGUAAGAUCUGUAACUGCGUAUUGACACUAUAUAUGUCACUGUUUUGCUUUCUCGUUUUGUUUUGCCCUACUGCCCAUUGGGAUUAGCGGUAUGUAAUAAAUAAAAAAUAAAUAAAAUACAAGAGCAUCUAAACACACAAUAAGCAGAGGUCAUUGCGAUAUACGCAUACCAGUGCGAGGAAACGCCUCGUAUUGGAAUAUUUGACUUGCACUCAACCCUUCGUUUUCAUUAAAGUUUUCAUUAGGGUAAGAAAAUUACAGUGCCGCGUUCCGUCUCUGAAAAUUUACUUACGCAGGUCAGGUUUGGUGCCCUAUCCUCUGUGCUCUUUUUGUAAUGAGGCGGAAACAAUUCGACGUUUCUUUUAAUGCGAAUCAUUCUCCUCCAAGUGCAGUCAUCUUCUUGGCGGGCACGGCAUCUCGAUGUUUUUGAUGGGCCACUCCCGGUAAUUGAGCAGUGUGCCACUGGGGCGACUGGGUAUGUGCCACUGGAGAGAGAAAUACAAAGUUAAUGAUAUGCUGCAGACGUUAGCAGGGCUGAUUACUUGGCACGCUACCCCAGGUACUGGGUGAUAAUUAUGAUAUAGACUGUCAUCCCAAAGGCACACAAACAGUCACAUUCAGUCAUAAACACACAUACAUACACAAUAGAGAUAUUUGCAUAGUUUUGUUAAGCUUUGUGGCCCUCAAGAACACUAGCAGCCUUGGUGCAUAACGCGCAGGUCGUGCUUGGACACGGGCCAUGAAGGUGCCGCAGUUCCAUGCUCCAGUUACGUUGCAGGUGUAGCGUCGCCUUCGGAGACUAUCUAACAAGUGGCGGCAGCAGUCGCACAGAAAAUGUUGCAGGUAUUCAGUGGCGUGACGGACAGAGCAAAUUGACUGGGAAAUGGUACGCCAUUAGUGAGGUACUCGAGGAGAUCUACCACGUCUAUACGGCCCAAUCUGCAUUUGGUGUGUUGGAGGACACGUACUAUGCGGAUGAGCCUAACCACCACCAAAGCUUCGCGGUGAUGUACAUCGCCGCCUUCCUUUUUGACAUCAUUUUCUUGGGGCGGCGCCUACUGAGCCAGCUGCUGCCCCUAAAGCUGAUCUACUUGUUGGACAUGCUACUGCACGUGUGCCACCUCGCCUCGGACGGAAUCCUCGUGGUGGCCCUGCUGCGCUGCUCGCCCGAGUCGCUCGCGUUGGCGAAGCACGAGACGCUGUGGGAGGGCACGUGUCACGUGGACUCGAUGACCGUGGUCCUCGUGAGCAUCGUCUACCAACUGGCCAUCCUCGCCACCUACUACCACAGGUUGGCGGUGACGACCAGCGAGAGGCCCCCUUCCUACGUGUCCGCCUGCCUCUUCUGGCUUCGUGAGGCGUUGCGCGCCGCGUUCCGGCGGGCCGCCAUCCCUCCGAGCACGGCGCCGCUGGGAGAGGAGUUGGAGUUGGAGCGCACGAUGCGUGCCGAACAGGUAUGCAGUGCUUCGUUCGAGCUCAGGUACCGUCCAGCUGAAAUCGGCGCUACGAAGCGGUUUACGGCACAAGCGAGCGCUUCAGCGACGUUUCGUGAACGCUACAGCGAUGAUUGAGGCAAGAGUGCGCGGCCGCUGCUCCUAUCGCAGCGCUCUCACCAGAGCGGGGUGCUUUAAAGAGUUCCCCGCUUCUUCCUGCCUCUUAUUUUCCUAUACGUCAUCUAAUAACAACCAUGCUUCCCUGCUAAUAUUCUUGUUUUUCUUCUUUCUCGCGCAGCAUAUGGGACCGACUUCUUGCGCUAAUUA